GGGGGCUGCCUCAGGGGUCCGGGCGGUCCUGGGAAUGAAGGUUUCUCUGCAGGGUUCUCUCCUCCUUUCUGUCUCUGUUUAGACGCGGGUGGAAACAUGGGGGCGCGGUUUCGGGCUCGUCUGCCCUCUGCGUAGGCAGGAGGAGGGCGGGCGGCACCCCUCGGCUGCCCGCGUGGGCUGGGGAAGCCUCGGCCGAGCGCUCGCCCGGCCCCAUGGCCCCGCAGGGAGGCGCCCCGCGGCUGGUGCUGCUGUUCAGCGGGAAGAGGAAAUCCGGGAAGGACUUCGUGACCGAGGCUCUGCAGCGCAGGCUUGGCGCUGGCGUCUGUGCUAUCCUCCGGCUCUCUGGUCCACUCAAGGAACAGUAUGCUCAGGAGCACGGCUUGGACUUUCAGAGACUCCUGGACGCCAGCACUUACAAGGAGGCCUAUCGGAGGGACAUGAUCCGCUGGGGAGAGGAGAAGCGCCAGGCCGACCCAGGCUUCUUCUGCAGGAAGAUUGUGGAGGGCGUCUCCCAGCCCAUCUGGCUGGUGAGUGACGCACGGAGGGUAUCCGACAUCCAGUGGUUUCAGGAGGCCUAUGGGGCUGUGACGCAGACGGUCCGUGUGGUGGCCUCGGAGCAGAGCCGACAGCAGCGGGGCUGGGUGUUCACGCUGGGGGUAGACGAUGCUGAGUCAGAAUGUGGCCUGGAUGACUUUGGGGACUUCGACUGGGUCCUGGAGAACCACGGAGACGCCCAGCACCUGGAGGAGCAGUUGGGGAAGCUGCUGGAGUUUGUCCGCUCCAGGCUUUAGGGCUCUGGGGUGGUGCUGUGGUGCUGUGGUGCAGGGCAGGGGAAGGCCCCUGAUUGUGCAGACAGCCUAAAACUGAGUUUCUGCGAGUGCUGGUGGAUGCUGGAUAUGUUGGGAGAUCUGUGGGGACCCUGUUUUCUCCACAGAGAGACUACCUCAGCCUCCAAGAGGGGAGACAGCUGUGUGUGGAGCAGAAGCAUUGGCCUGCAGUGGUCUCGAUUCCCUGAGUUGGGCUGCCCUGUGGGGUUCCAAUAAACCUCCUUGAGGCA